AUGGCGCUGUACAUCUCAUUUGCCCAGACCCGCAUGCUCACACCCCCAUCCUUUGCCCAGACCCGCAUGCCCACACCCCCAUCCUUUGCCCAGACCCGCAUGCUCACACCCCCAUCCUUUGCCCAGACCCGCAUGCCCACACCCCCAUCCUUUGCCCAGACCCGCAUGCUCACACCCCCAUCCUUUGCCCAGACCCGCAUGCCCACACCCCCAUCCUUUGCCCAGACCCGCAUGCCCACACCCCCAUCCUUUGCCCAGACCCGCAUGCUCACACCCCCAUCCUUUGCCCAGACCCGCAUGCCCACACCCCCCUCCUUUGCCCAGACCCGCAUGCUCACACCCCCAUCCUUUGCCCAGACCCGCAUGCCCACACCCCCAUCCUUUGCCCAGACCCGCAUGCUCACACCCCCAUCCUUUGCCCAGACCCGCAUGCUCACACCCCCAUCCUUUGCCCAGACCCGCAUGCCCACACCCCCAUCCUUUGCCCAGACCCGCAUGCCCACACCCCCAUCCUUUGCCCAGACCCGCAUGCUCACACCCCCAUCCUUUGCCCAGACCCGCAUGCUCACACCCCCAUCCUUUGCCCAGACCCGCAUGCUCACACCCCCAUCAUUUGCCCAGACCCGCAUGCUCACACCCCCAUCCUUUGCCCAGACCCGCAUGCUCACACCCCCAUCCUUUGCCCAGACCCGCAUGCUCACACCCCCAUCCUUUGCCCAGACCCGCAUGCUCACACCCCCAUCCUUUGCCCAGACCCGCAUGCUCACACCCCCAUCCUUUGCCCAGACCCGCAUGCUCACAUCCCCAUCCUUUGCCCAGACCCGCAUGCUCACACCCCCAUCCUUUGCCCAGACCCGCAUGCUCACACCCCCAUCCUUUGCCCAGACCCGCAUGCUCACACCCCCAUCCUUUGCCCAGACCCGCAUGCCCACACCCCCAUCCUUUGUGAUUGCAUUAUUGUUUGCCAAUUGGCCUUAA